AUGCCAGAAGUAAAAGAAAUCCAAGCACAAGACUCCGCACCAAAAUAUGGUCCGAAGGCGACGUUGGCACAAUGUUUGGCCACAACAGCGCAGAGUUUUCUGUUCAUCGGAUUGGGCAUGAACAUAUCGAUACCUGUGAUAGUCAUUCGCGACUUGUAUCGGAAUCCAAAUAGUGAAUUCUCAAUAACGACCGCUGAGGCCUCGUGGUACGGAAGCUUGUUGUUCAUAGUCCACCCGGUCGGAUGUCUACUGUCGGGGAUCCUGCAAGACAAGUUCGGAAAGAAACGCUGUAUGAUACUCGCAAACGUGCCAAGUAUCUUCGGAUACGUGCUGCUGUACUUGGCACACUCGUCGGUGUUAUUGUGCGCGUCGACCUUACUGAUGGGAUUCAGCACGGGAUUCGGCGCCGGAUCCACCUCGUCGUACGUCGGAGAGAUAUCGGAACCUAGGCUCAGAGGGUCGCUGGGUUCGCUGGGAAGCACUGCCAUGAGAUUAGGCACGUUACUCAUGUACAUCCUGGGACUGUUUUUCGACUGGAGGACCAUGGCAUUGCUCAGCAUGUUCUGCCCCAUUAUAUGCAUAUGUUUCAUCAUUUUCAUUCCGGAGUCACCCGUUUGGUUGAUCGCCAAAGGCCGAAAUGAUAAAGCCGAAAAGGCCAUGUGUUGGUUGAGGGGGUGGGUGGAACCUGAAAAAAUUAACCCGGAAUUUCUCGAACUGGUUCAUUACAAUCAAGUAUCUGGAACACAAGGUGGCAAAAUUGAAACGGACGAUAAUAAUAAGAGGUUUCUUUCGAAUUUAGCCCAGUUCAAAAACCCGGCGGUCUAUAGACCACUGAGAUUGAUGCUGAUUAUUUUCUUCGUAUCUUUCGUAGUCAGCCUUUUCCCUACCAGACCAUUUAUCACCAAAAUAAUGAAAGAAGUUGGUUUAUUCGAUAACCAAAACGAAUCGUUGGUCCUCCUGUCAGGCCUGACGAGCAUCGGGUGCAUCAUAGCGACUGCGAUUGUCCAUCGAACUGGGAAAAGAUUAUUGACUCUAUUUACGUUAUCUAUAAACACUGCUUUAUUGUUAUCUUUUGGUGCAUACAUUAUUUCAGUAAAGGCAGAAUAUUUUUCAUCGUCUCCUAUGAUUUUCUUGAUAUUUCUGUGCAGCAUUUACUUUAUCGGCUCAUGCGGAAUUUCGUGCAUUCCCUGGAUGAUACUCAUUGAAGUUUUUCCCAACAAAAGCCGAGGAGUUGCUACAUCUGCAUCGUCGGGAUUGGCCUAUAUCAUGUUAUUCACACUAACAAAAUCAUACUUAAUAAUUGAAAUGUAUUUAAGUCUGGAGUACACUAUGAUUCUUUUUGGUUGUGUUGGCGUUUUUGGUUUGAUCUAUUUUUAUUUUUAUUUCCCGGAAACUGAAAAUAAAACAUUAUUAGAAAUUGAAGAAUUUUUUGUAUCGACUAAAAACGGCUGA